AUGCCUAGCUCCACGAAAGUAAAAAUUAAUGACGAACCUCAAAUCAACCCAAAGGGACCAAUCAUCACUGAGAUGAAUGAGGAUACCAUUACAAAGAAUGCUAUCUUGGUCAAUUCACAACACACCAACAUGAGGUUGCUUUUCCUUUUGCAAAAGGUUGUUCAGCAUCUUCAUGAUUUUGCCAUUGAAACAAGAUUGACUACUGAAGAAUGGGAAGUUGCUAUUCAAUUCCUUACUGAUACUGGUAAAAUGUGCUCUGAUAUCCGUCAAGAAUAUGUUUUGUUGUCUGAUAUUUUGGGUUUGUCUGUUUUGGUUGACGCUAUUUCGCAUCCCAAGCCACCAAAUGCAACAAUUGGUACUUUAUUGGGCCCAUUCCACACUCACGAUGCUGAAGAGAAACACCAAGGGGAUUCAAUCUCGUCUGAGGGUAGAGGAGAACCAUUAUUGAUUGAAGGUUUGUUGACCGAACCUGACGGAACUCCAAUUCCUGACGCUUCUAUUGAUCUUUGGCAUUGUGAUAAUAAAGGUAUGUAUGAUACUCAGUAUGCAAACAGAGAUCAUCCAGAUAUGAGAGGUAUUAUCAAGACCAAGGAGGAUGGAAGCUUUGUUAUCAAAUGUUCCAGACCAGUGCCUUACCCAAUCCCUCACGAUGGACCUGUUGGUAAGUUGUUGCAAAAGAUUAACAGACAUCCAUACAGACCAUCUCAUAUCCAUUUCAUUAUCGAGAAACCAGGCUAUGACAGGUUGAUUACAGCAUUGUACGCUAAAGGAGAUCCUUAUGAGACUUCAGAUGUCGUGUUUGGUGUCAAGGACCUGUUGUUGUACACUUUGGACAAAUUAGGAACUGAAAAGGCAAAGAAGUAUGAUAUGAACCCUGAUGACUGGUACUUGAAGUGGCACUUCAAGAUCAUCUCUGAGGAGGAGGCUAAGAAAUUGAGAUACGAAAAGAACAAGGAAGCCUUGACCAGAGCCGCUGCAAACUUGGUUCUCAACUCCGAUGGAGUUCCAGAACAUUGUCCAUUGGACUAG